AUGAAUUUCUUAUGGGGUUCGAAGUCUAAGAAGGCUGCUAAAGAUGAUAAACCUGAAGAACGUACCAAAGACAAUGAAAACCCUUCCACCAUUACUACUUCAACAGAACAAAAUGGCCAACCAAGAGAGAUACAGGAAUCGGAAGCCACUCUUAAAGAAGCAGCAGAACAAGAUGUUCCAGAAAAACAACAACAAGAACAGAAACAAACAAACGAGACAAAUCAAGGAACUAUGUCAGCAGUGACUUCGAUUAAAGUCCAAGAAGAACCAACUAGUGUAGCGAACGCGAAGAUUCAUUACCAAUUACUAGAUUUUCCACGGUCUCUGGAACAUGAAUACGGCGAAACAUUGGCCAACAGGGUAGAACUUCUUAAGGAAUUAUCCUCUCAUGAAACUUUGGGGAUUGGCCCAGCUGAUCUUGUCCAUAUUACUUUCUUCGAUAAGAAAUCACAUAAUGAUGAAGUGGGUCAAUUUUUCCACCUUACAGGGUUAGAUGCCUUUGACGAAAAGACCAUUUUGGAUUUCUUGAAGAUGAUUAAAUCAAAUUUAGAUAAUGAGAGUAAAAGGAAACACACUGGGAAUUACAUCUUAACUUAUUGUUGUGUUAACAUCUUUAGCAAAUUUGAGAUAAGGGUUAGGUUAAAUGAAGACAAUACCUCUAAAACCAGUGUGCUCAGCUGCGUAGAUGGAACAACUAAUAUUUCAAUGGAUGAAUACCUUUGGAAAGAAACUUUCGUCAGUUGUUGUAUUAGAAGUCUACUAUUUAAUAUCGAUACAGAAAGAAAAUUUCCAGGAUUAGUUCAGUAUCCAAUGGCUAUAGAAAAUGAAAAUGAAAAUGAUCUUUGUUUGUUUAGUUCCAAAAGAAUCGUAUCAUUAUUAUGUGAAUUUCUACCAAGGUGCUUGGAAAGUGGAUGGGAUACUUCUCAAAGUAUUCACCCGACCGUUGUGCAUAAUUAUUUGACAGAAUCUUUGUUACUUUACCUUUCCAUUAUUCCUGGGAAAUUGGUCGAAUUCACCCUGGCUACUUUGCAAGAAUUGACAUUAAGUGAUAAGGAUCAUGAAUUAUAUUACAAGAUUGCUAUGGUCCUUAUAAUAGAUCAACAAGGUGAGAUGGAGUCAAGAUUAAUAAUGUUAUUGAAUGAAACAUUAAAUGAAUUCCUUCCAUUAGCUGACUCAAUGCCACCACGUGAUAUUAAUUCUUUCCAACUGUUAAACAGUAUAUCCUGCUUAUUAAAUUUACAAGCAAAAUUUUUAAUCAGUAGAAAGGAUUACGAAUUAGCCGUGUCAGUUGCCAAAACCUCCACAGAAUUAUCAUUAGAUUUAUUCGACUCAUGGUAUUAUCUCGCUGAAACAUACAUUGCUUUAGGUGAAUACAAAAAGGCAUUAGUUGCAAUAAACUCCAUGCCAAUAUUAAAUUCUGUUGAUAAAAAUAAACAUGAUCUAAUUCAGCAUGUCCCAAUAAGUUCAUACUAUAAGAGACCAUUAUCUGAUACAAACGAUACAUUCGAUGUGGAUUCUCAUGAAGCAAAACUUAUUUCAAGUAAUAUAAAGACCGUCAAGGAAAAAGAUUUACGUAAUUUCAUAUUUGGCCGUACUUUACUUAUUCAUGAAUCGAAGAAAGGUUGCAUUGAAGAAUUUUGGGAUACUCUAUGCUUAGAAUUGGGUCCUAUUUACGGACCACAAGGUUGUAAUUUAAUCAAUUUCGUAUCUCCAGAAGAAGCUGGUUCCAUAAGUGACUUAGAACUACUUGCCCGAAAUUCUGUUGCCAACAAAUUAAGUCUCUUUGAAUUGAAAGUCUACAAAUUAUUAGCUACUAUGCUUUCCAAGAUAACUUGGAAUGGUUUAUUAGAUUUAAGAAAUGAAAUUUUCAUUAUGAAGAAUGAGUUUGAAAAUAAUGAAGAAAUAUUUAAAUCCACAAAAGGUGUUAUUCCAAUUUCAAUGCGCGAAAAGAGAAUUUGUGAACAAUGGUUAGAUCAAUUAUUUUUGAAUUUUUAUCAGGAUUUGAAAUUAUGCAAUAGUUAUAUGGAAAAUAUCAAACAAGAACGUUCUGGUCUUGAAUGGGAACUUCUUGGUUUGACUUUAUUAAGAAUCUGUAACGAAAGUAAAGCUGUGGCAUGUUUACAAACAAGUAUCAUGGCCAGGUUCGAUCCUGUCAGUUGUGAAAAACUAUUCCAAUUGUAUUUGGAUGAUGAUUGUAGUGUCUUUUCUCAUUUAAAUGCAGAUACAUUACUUGAAUUACUGACAAGGAAAAUUCCCUUUGAUUCUAGAUUUUAUGACUCAAUGCAAAUCCUAAAUUACAAAGUACUGUACAAAUUAAUGAACGUUAUGGGGACCGACGUAAUAAGAAGUAAAGUUAUGGCGUUAAGAUAUGCGGAAGACGGGAUUGGUGCUACUGUAAACAAUAUGAUUACAUGGAUUGGAAAGCUCUGUCUCCAAGAAUGA